GACGUUAUUGGCCUCCUGUCCAUCCCUCCCAUCCCUUCUGGCUCCGUUAUGCGCUUCCCCGCUCUAUUGUCUUACGUGCAUGCGGAACACUACCAGUCUUCCUCGAGCACGGCGAUCAACCUGGGAUCCACCGGGACGCAUGUCGGAUGAAAACCGCUGUCGCAUCCUCUACACAUUAUGAUGAUUGGCGGCUCUUUGUUGCUGCCACACAGGAUGCACCCAAUGUCGCCGUACCGAAGCUGCAGGGCGUCCCUUAGUCCCCUCUGCCGCUCCUGCACCUCCACUUCCACGUCGUCGGCAGCAUCGCUUAGAGGCUCCUGUAGAUACGCCUUCGCGAAUCGGACGUGGUUGCUGCAGAACGGAAUAAAAUCAAAGUGCCGCGUGUGCCCACUGACAGACCCACAGACAAUCGAUGCGAUGCGUUCUUCCUUGUAUAGUCCAACUGUGCAUACUACAGCUUGGAUCUGAAGAAGUACAGGUUGGCGUUCUCCUCUCUGGUCUCCGGCAUGGGCGUCGCGAGGUCUUGAUAGGUCUGCGGGUCGUUCAUGUCGGGGCAUGUCGGGGCACGGGCUAGCACACCAGCUGAAUGCCAACACGGCCCACAGCACAGCACAGCACAGCACAGCACAGCACAGCAGAGGAAACUUCAGUAAGCGAGAGCGAAUCAAGCACAAUGACUGAUUGUCGGUUGUGUGCGGUGCUUCUGUACCAGUCGAUCGGAACUGUUGUCUGUCGUUCGUUCGUUCGUUCGUCGGCGGUGAGCCAGUGUCUGUCGGCGCUGAGAAAGCGCCAGACAUUCUGAAACCGAUGAGGGAGCACGAGAGGCUCAGACGAUCAGUCCUCUGAGCGUCUACUGCAUGGCGUAUGGACUCUCACUCCACAUCCUCCUCUAAUCUCGCAACGAAGAAUGACUCAGAACGUUCGUUCCAAUCACAAGCUUAGCUC